AAGGCCUCUUCCAAAAGACAGACAAAGGUGUUUUAAGAAAAUAUUUUGAAUAUUAAUUCAAGUCAGACUUAGAAGUUAGACCUGUGGCAUGAAUGUUGCAGAGUUGGUCAUGGAGCCUCUUGUUUUGCCCAAACACUCUGACCUCUUUCCACACCAAGUAGGAUUUCUAGAUCAACAUUUUGAAACCCUUAAAGAUUUUCCCGUCUCUUCACAUCUCUUCACCUCACUCAAUAACUCUUGUUCCGAUUUGGACACUCAGUUCUUUUCCCUCGAGACCCAUCUUUCAAAACACGCCGUUUCUUGGAUUUCUCGCUCAUUUCCGGCCAAAACCGCUCUUCACAAACUCAAUCUCAAGCUAGCAUCGAUUCAAUACGGGACUGGUUCCAAGAAAAUUCAGCAGAUUUUGUUCGAGUUGUCUCAAUUUGCUGAAGAAUUGCGACGAAUUCAGAAUAUUCAUAAUUAUGUUGAUACUACUCUAGAGUUAGAAACUUUGGUUGGAGAUCUUGAAGAUGAAGUUUUCUUUGCAGUGAAUCACCCCAAUGGGAAUAUAUUCUCGGCGAAGCGUUCAAAUUCAUCAAUAACUGCGGACUUUCAACCAAAAAAUGAAAGGUUGGUUCAAGCCUUAAAAGUUCUUAAUGGGAUUGAAGAAGUACUGGUUCGUGUUGCAAAAAUCCAACCCCAGUGGCAUCAUCUUUUGAAAUCUGUUGAUAUUAGAGUGGAUAAGUUGUUGGCUGUUCUUCGGCCGCAAGUGUUUGCAGAUCAUCGCAAUCUUCUUGCUUCUAUAGGAUGGCCACCAAAACUUGUAACGUCAGAAAGUGGGAGUGCAGAUAUCCGUGGCAUUCCAAAUCCCCUAGUUUCAGUGCAAGGAAGCCAAAGGGAGUGUUACUAUCAAAGUGCACUUGCUCUUUGCGCUUUGCAGCAUCUGCAGACACGAAGGGAAAAGCGACAGCUUAAUCUUUUUGGGCAGGAGCGUGAUGCUGGCAUUUGGGUCAUUGACGAACUGGUAUCUCCUUUUGCAUCACGAAUAGAAUAUCAUUUCUUAAGAUGGGUUGAGCAGCCUGAAUAUAUUUUUGCUCUUUUGUAUAAAAUCACUAGGGACUUAAUUUUGGGAGUAGAUGAUGUUUUGGGCCCUUCAAUUGACAAGGCAAGAUUGCGAACCUAUGGUGCUAAAGCAGCUUGGGUUUCUGCAAUGGUACAAAUGCUUUCUAAAUUUUUGGCAAAAAGCAUUUUUCCAUCUCUUUGUGAAAGAUACAAGGAGAAACAUGAGAGAGCAGAAGUGAUGUCUUCAUGGCUUCAUCUGAUAGACCAUAUUAUUGCAUUUGAUAGAAAGAUGCAAUCAGUCCUAAGUUUAGAAAAUUAUUUCUUCUUGAAGGACACUGAUAUGUUUGAAGGGCUUUCAAGAAGCAUAUCAGUAUUAAUGCUUUUUUCUGACCAGCCAAAAUGGCUUAAUGUUUGGGCAAAGAUAGAGCUCAAGAAUGCCUGGAGAAAACUAAAAGCAGAACUGAAAGAUGAGAGAGCAUGGUUAAUUGACAACAUAGGUAAUUUUGACCUUCAUAUAGAGAAAGAGUCUGAACAAUUUUUACUCUCUACAAGAGAACAUCAUAAAUCUCCACUCAUAGCAGAAUCUGCUAUUAGAUUUUCCUGGGAAAUGAUUGAACGGUGUCAAACUUUUCCAGCCGUUUUACCACGUAUUCAGUUUAUAAGGUCAACAGCAGCCAAAUUCCUCUGGCAUUUUCUUAAUGUCUUGUUGUUUCGGUGCAAGGGCAUUGAAUCAUAUCUGGACAAUCCUGAUGUCGAAAUCCUUAUGACAAUAUGUGGAUCAAUCAAUGCUGCCAGGUAUGUUGAAUCUAAACUGCGAGAAUGGAGUGAGGAUGUGAACUUUUUGGAGAUGACUGCUGCUGAAAAUGAUUCUAACAUCUCUAGAAAAAAUCAUGUAACAUAUGAUAAUAGCUGCUUCUUUUGGGAAGAAAUCAAAAGUUUGCUAGAGUUUGAGACAAAUUGGCUUAUGGAGAUAGUAGCGGCUCUUCUUCGUCAAUUUGAAACUCUUUCCUGGGAGUAUAUCCAAAAUAAGGAUCGUUUCGACCAAGAGCAAGAGCAAGAAGAAUUUUUUGAAACUCUUUCUUGGGAGUAUAUCCAAGAUAAGGAUCAUUUCGAGGGAGAGCAAGAAGAAUUUACUAAGGAAAGAGAUUCAGUUGCAUCGAUCGAUUUUGUUGAAUCAUUGGAUGCUUUGAGGAGACGGCUUAGUGCUUGUAAGAUGAGUCUUAAUCCAAAGGACUUCAUAGAUUUAUGGCGAAGUGUCGCUGACGGGCUUGACCAUUUUAUCUUCUGCAGCAUUUUUACAAACAAGAUUCAGUUUUCAAGCAAUGGGAUGAAUCUGUUUGAAGCUGAUAUGGAAGCAUUGUUUCUGGUUUUCAAACCUUUUUGUGGUCGCCCAGAAGCAUUUUUUCCUUGUAUUAGAGAGACUCUUAGUGUGUUAAAGAUUAGUGAGGGAGAAUUAAAGCAGUUGCAAGUGGCUUUGUGUAAUGAUAAAAAUAGAUCAAAAUACUUGCAUUCUUUGGGAAUUUCUCACUUGUCAUUUGACCAAAUUGAUAAAAUUUUGAGCAGUAGGAAGUUGUGAAGUUUUUUUUUUUU